GAAGAAGAGGAGGAGGAGAAAAGCAGCGAGCGCAGCGGAGGGCGCUCAGACCCGCAGCGGGAGGACGGCAGCGCGACGCCGGUGUCGAUCAUGUCUCUGGCCGGGAAAGUGGCUCUGGUGACCGGAGGAGCUCAGGGCAUCGGAAGGGCAGCGGUCCAGUCUCUGCUGAAGAGCUCGGCCAAGGUUCGGUUCUGUUCCAAGGUGGCCGUGGUGGACCUGAACAAGACGGUGGGGGAGCAGUGCCAGGCCCAGCUGGACGCCGAGUUUGGGGAAGGAAGGAGCGUGUUCAUCCAGUGUGACGUCACCCACGGCGACGCUCUGAGAGACGCCUUCCAGAGGACGGUGGACCAGUUCGGACGCCUGGACAUCGUCAUCAACAACGCCGGCAUCAACAACGAGAAGAACUGGGAGAAAACCAUCCAGGUCAACCUGACCUCAGUGAUAAAGGGAACCUACUUGGCCCUGGAGCACAUGAGCAAAGAGUACGGCAAGCAAGGAGGCACCAUCAUCAACGUGUCCUCCAUGGCAGCCUUCCUCCACUCCCCCCACCAGCCCGUCUACACGGCCACCAAACACGGAGUGAUCGGCUUCACCCGAGCGAUGGCGGACGCCGCCGCCCAGGACGACUACGGCGUCCGCAUCAACGUCCUGUGUCCCGCCUUCGUCGACACGCCGCUGCUGCACACCGUGGAGGAGGAGGACAACAUGGGGAAGUUCGUCAAGUUCAAGGACGACUUCAAGCAGAGCAUGAACAAGUUUGGGGUUCUACAGCCGUCGCUCAUCGCUGAAGGGAUGAUGAGGCUCAUUUCGGACCCGAGCCUGAACGGCGCCGUGAUGAAGAUCACCUGCGCCAAGGGAAUCCACUUCCACACGUACGAACCCAUGUCUGCCUGACCUCCGACCCGCAGGAACCGCGACCCGUUCAGAGGUUCUGGAAGCUAAACUGGAACCGGUUCCUCGUAGAACCUCGACUCUUUUGGUUGUUUUAGAGAAAUGCUGAAGAUGAUUCUGUUCUGCUUCCUGUUUGGACUCAGCAAAGCAGAACCGCUUCCUGUGGGAACCAAAAGUCCGGAAUCAGCUGAUUUGACCAGAACCAGAACCGCCUGCUGAUGAGAAGGAGACGGUUCUGACCUGGUUCAGUCAUGGACAACCAAACAGCUCCUAACUCUGAUUGGUACCAGGUUCUGUUGGUACCAGGUUCUGAGGUAAGAACUGGUACCAACAGAACCUGGUACCAACCCCAGGGUUUCUCCCAGUUUGUGUUCACCAGUUGUGUUCUGGUCCAAAUCUUUGCUUCGGUUCAUCGCGGUUCUGCUCAGCUCUCUGAAGGUCCCACAACGUUUUCAUCAGGUGAAGGCCUGGACUUUGACUAGGCCACUGCAGCACUUUGAUUCUCUUCUUCUUCUGCUGUAGAUCUGCUGCUGUUCUGUUCGGUUCUGUUCUGACCCAGUUCAGACGGAGCUUCACUUUUUACUCCAGAAUAGGUUUGGUUCUGUUGUACUUCACUCAUUUCUGUCUCUGUGCUCCACCAGGUCCGGUAACCGGGUCCAGAACCCGACCAGAACCCCUCAGUGUAAAUGACCUUGAGAAAUAAUGAGAUUUGGUUCAAUAUAAAAACGGCUUUAAUGCUGAAAAUGAUCAAAUGUUAGAAGCCAUACAUGUCAUAGAAACGGAUCAGAACCAGAAUUACAUUCACCGUCCAGCGCCGGCCCACUGGGCUCCUUCUGGACGGAACCAGAUGGGGCCAAGAUUAGAGCUUUUAUUCUCCUCUGCAGCCCUCCCUGAAGGCCAGUUAACCAGGUUCAGUCUGUUUACUGCUGGCAGACACACAUAAACAUGGUUAUGUAAGCUGCAGCGUGUAAGCAGAUUAAAACAGACAGAACCGACAACGGUUCAUAAAGAACAUCUCAACUGGCCUGAGAGGAGAAACAAAACCAAAGUAACUGAAGGUCAACAGAAAAUUCAAAUUCAAAAUACUUUAAUGAUCCCGAAGGGAAAUUAAGUGAAAGCAAACGGAUCAUUGACCUCCCUGCCUCCAGGGGGCGCCGAGUGUCCACUGAUGGAAAGGAGCAGCUGUGUUAGCAACAUUUUUUCUAGGCCAAUAACUCCAAGACUAUUCAGUGAAGGCUGGACUCACCUGGACUCACCUGAACUCACCUGGAUUCACCUGUCGGGCUUCGUUCACACAGCAGCGCUCUGCUUACGCCAGUAAAGAUGGCCGCCGCUGUGGGAAUGAAGCCAAAGAAAGAAGAAAAACAUUUUUCCUUCUGGUUGUAGGUUACAGUCAGGUGGGAAAUAAUCGUCUCUUAUUUAAAAAAUUAAACUGGAUCUAUUCCGGUUCCGGUUCCGGUUCUGUUCUGGUUCCGGUUCUGGGUCAGACUGGCUGCUCUGGAACCUCCCAAAUCUCUAACUCAGAGGUUUUUAAAAGAUGAACCAAAGAAUUUCUGCUUUUUGCAUCAACUUGUUUUCAGUAUAGAAAUAGUUUUCUGUUGCUUUAAAGGCUGAGUGGCUCCAGGGCGCCUCCUUGUGGCUGGUAAUUAUCGGGUUAAUUUGUGUUUUCAGGUAAAAUCAUCUGAUUUAUGUUAGAAAAACUUUUUAUGAAAAAUUGUGUUCAUAAUGUCAAAUUUCUGUAACUUGAUUUUAACUUAAAUUUAUCCUCCUGGUAUCAUCUGAGGACGGAGCCAGGAAAAAUGAUAUUAAUGUUAAUAUAAAUAAAUGCUGCUUCGCUUUUG